AGUAGCACGAUCUUCCGCUGUUUUGUGUUUUGAUAUUGAUUGAUAGGGAAACAUUUCUAGAUAGUGUUUCUUUGCUCAAGUAACUUUUACGGCAGAGUUUUCUACUGCUUAAAGACAAAUAAAGGAAAUGCACCAACCACGAUGACUUAGCGAAGCUGCUUGUUCUGUUAGGUGAAGUCAACAAAGGAGCCGGAACGAUAGCCAAAUCUGUAAGGAGAGCGCAGUUCGACUGAGGAAGAAAUUUACUAGAAAGAGCAUGGGGGAUACAGGAGGAGGGCUCAAUAUGCCAUCAACACCUAUAGCUCCUGUUGAAGGGUCCUAUGAAUGGCUUGCCAAAAUAGUUUUCAAGGAUGAUGAUGUGCUUUCAUUGGUCACAUCUCCAAAGUCUACUUCAACUACAAGUGGAAGCUUACCGCGAGAAUGCAAUCCAUCUUGUGAGGAGGUGCCAACCCAAGAAAGUGUGUCUUCUGAAACAGAUGCAACUACUGACUCCUUAUCUAAGGAACAAAUUCAAGCCCACAGUGAUGCUAAAGAAACCUGCCUAGCUGAUGACGCUCAAAAGACUGCAGCAGACCAUUUACUCCACGAGAUGGAUGUAAGGCUUGAAUUUAAGGCUCAAUUAAGACUUGUCAAUCAACGUGCUGCCAAUUCUCGACCUGAUGAACGUCAUUUUGCAACACUAGAUUCUAAUCUGAAAAGGAACUCAGGCUUUGUGAGGAAACUUCGUAACUUCACUAAUGCUCAACUUGAAGGAUUGGUCCGAGAUAUGUCCACUCUGAAUCUCUCAAAAUACUUAAGUGAGGCAGCAUCAGCCAUUGUGGAAGCCAAGCUUAAGGUCACAGAUGUUGGAGCUGCCGUUGUUAUGUGUAGUUUGCUGCAUCAAACAUAUGCUGAUUUUGCACCACUUUUGCUCGAAAAUUGGCAAAAAGUCCUUUCACUGAAAAAAGAUGAAAAGGUUGCCAACCCCUCUAAACUACGUGUUGACCUCCGAUUAUAUGGAGACCUUGUGAGUGUCAGCCUUUUUCCUCUUCCAAAGGCUCUCACCCUGUUAGGACAGAUCCUAUCUUCUUUAAUUAAUGCUGAUAAAGAGGACCACAACAAUGCCAGUGUCAUACUGAGCUUUUGCAAGCAUUGUGGAGAGGAUUAUGCAGGCUUGAUUCCCACAAGUGUGAAAAAUGCCGCAACAUUAGUGGGAAAGGAGGUUCCUCGUAGUACUCUCCUAUUACCUGAAAAGCAAAAAGCUGUUCGCACUCUUCUCAGCGAUUAUUUCUCCUCUUUGUGCAAGCAUCUCUUGAAAGACCACAGGGAACUUCAGGCACUUGAACGACAAAAUAGACGUAUCCUCCAAACCAAAGGUGAACUCAAUGCUGAGCGAAAAGAACGCUUGGAAAAUCUUCAGCAACAAUAUCAAAAGCUUUUGAAUUCAGCUCAAUCAUUUGCUGAUGUAUUGGACCAGCCUAUGCCCAAACUGCCAGAGGAUCCUAUCAAAUGUGAAGAAGAAUCAGGAUUGAUUGUUAGUGGAAUAGGUGGUUUUGGUGAUGGAGAGGAUGGAAUGUUCUCUGGAUCAUCUGGACUGGUGGGUGGGCUGUGGGAAGAUGAAGAGACACAAAGGUUUUAUGAAGAUUUCCCUAACAUGAGAGAUUACCUGCCAGGGAUCAAAUCUCGUGACAGAGAACCAGGAUCUUCACCAUCACCAACUCCAGUCAGCCAGGUGACAGAGGAGGUUUUGGAUGCUGAGCUCAGAGAGGAAGAUCUAGGGAAUCCUGACAAUGUAGAACCAGCAAAUGUGGAAGAUGAACCAGAGGAAUCAGAACCUGCAAGCCAAGCCACCACUUCCACCAAACAGCACUUAGACCAAUUUUUAAAUCAACUCCCUAAUUGUGUUAAUCGGGAAUUAAUUGACAACGCAGCUGCUGAGUUUCUAUUAUCUCUUAAUGCUAAAAGCAAUAAACGAAAACUUGUGAGAGUGCUAUUCGGGGUACCAAGAACAAGGUUGGAUCUGCUACCAUUUUAUGCUCGCUUGGUUGCCACGUUACACCCUGUAGUCCCUGAAGUUGCACAAGACCUUUGUCACAUGCUCAAGCAAGACUUUAUGUAUCAUGUGUGCAAAAAGGAUCAAAUCAAUAUUGAAAGUAAAAUCAAAGUUGUACGUUUCAUUGGAGAGCUAGUAAAAUUCAAAAUGUACUCUCUGAUAGAGGGUUUGUUUUGCCUAAAAGUUCUCCUGCAUGAUUUCACUCACCACCAUGUUGACAUGACAUGUGCUCUUCUUGAAACAUGUGGCCGAUACUUUUUGCGCAAACCAGACUCACAUCAACGCACGAAAAUCUAUUUAGAGCAAAUGAUGCGCAAGAAGUCAGCCCUAGCAAUGGAUAUAAGAUAUGUCACUAUGAUAGAGAAUGCAUUUUUCUUUGUCAACCCACCUGAGGGUGGACCUUUGAGAGUUAAAGAGCGGCCUCCCCUUCACUCUUUUAUAAGAAAGAUUCUAUAUCAAGAUCUGAGCAAACCAACAACUGACAAGGUAUUUAGACUGAUCAGACGGCUUGAUUGGGAGGACAAAGACUUGGCAUCAUACACUAUUAAAUGCCUUACUGCUGCAUGGAAUGUUAAAUAUUACAACAUCAGAUGCCUUGCAAGUCUUGUUGCUGGCUUAGCUGUUCAUCAGGAAAGUGUAGCACCUAUGGUUGUUGAUGGUGUUCUGGAGGAUAUUAGAGUUUGUAUGGAAAUUAAUCAUGUCAAACUGAAUCAAAGAAGAGUUGCUAUGGUAAAAUACCUUGGAGAACUUUAUAAUUAUCGUGUUGUAGAAAGCAAUGAUAUUUUUAAGGUAUUAUACUCUUUAAUCAAGUUUGGAGUGUCCCAUGAUGCUGCAAACCCCUCUCUUCUGGAUCCUCCCGAUCAUUUAUUUAGAAUACGAUUAGUGAGCACCUUGUUGUUCACAUGUGGUCAGUUCUUCAACAGUGGACCCAGCAAGCAGAAAUUAGACUAUUUCAUUGUGUUUUUCCAGCAUUAUUACUGGAUGAAGAAAGAAAGUGGUUACUGGGCCUCAGGAGAUACUGUGGGUGCCCUCACUGGUGCAGGGGACGGACCUUCUCCCUUCCCAAUGUCCAUUGAGUACAUGUUUGAAGAUGCAUUAUUGGGCUUGAGGCCUAAUUUGGUACUUGCCAAAACUUUAGAAGAAGCUGUAACAGCAGUUAAUGAGUUAGAGACAAAACUUGUAGCCCAGUUGCCUAAAUCAGUUAGUGCUCCGGGAGAUGGUGCAGACCUAGGAACUAUUACUGAGGAUUCGGAACGAGAGACUGAUGGGGAAAAAGAUGGCACAGACGACACCAGCUCAAUGGAUGAAAUGGAAGAGGACAAUGGGGCUGACACAGCAGAUGAUGAUGAAUUUGACAACAUGCUUGAUGAAGAUGAAGAUGAUAAUGAAAAUGAUGAUGAUGAAGAUGAAGAAAUGUCUGACUCAUUCAUGACAAAUGAUGAAGGAGAUGUAGUGAGAAUAAAACGAAAGGAACAAGAAGAAAUUAGCCAUGAAGAUAAGGAAUUUCUGGAAGAACUUGAACAGAUGGUGUCGUGUAGUAUUCAGGAUCAUGCCCGCAGUACAACUAAGCCACGGCAUAUGCAUAUCUCUAUCCCAUUGCACAUACGAACAAACCACAAAAAAACAUAUGAGCAACUCCAAGAAGCCAAUGAGAAUGUUAGUGUGGAACAGAAUACUAUGAACUUCACUCUUCUUACUCGAAGGGGAAACAAACAAGCAUUCCGGAAUCUUUCAGUACCUGUUAGCUCUGAGUUAGCUUUGAAUUUGCGUAGCCAAGAGCAGGUACAAAAAGCGGAACGUAUGGAAAUGGAGCGUGUCAAGCGACUUACCUUAGAUAUUAAUGAAAGAUUGGAAGAAGAGGAUUACCAGGACAUGCUUGCAUCGAUUCAGCGUCCUGCAACUGUUAAUCUGAACAGAGAGAGGCGUAAUCGGUACCAACAUCCCAAAGGUGCACCUGAUGCUGAUCUCAUUUUUGGUCCUAAAAGAACGAGGUAGCACCUGAUUUUGUAAGGAUUUUUACAUCUAUACUACCGCCUAAUUUACUUACAACGAUCUCGUCAGAACAGCUGUUUUGUUUCCAAAUUUGUUUUGGUAUAGUACUAUGAAGUUUUAAUGAUUUUUUUUACACAUUUAAUGAGAUGUGACUUUAUAAAUCUUGUGAUGAACUAUGAAGGUACUUUAUUCAUGGAUUUUCAUAAUCAGUCUUGUUUUUAAAUUUGGUAACUUCACUGCUAUCACCAAUCAUCAUGGGUUCCUCUCCGAGAUAGGUACAUUUGUUUGUGGUUUUCCAGGUGAAAUAAAACAACAUAUUAAUGUA